AUGACCGGCUCUGCAUCCGACUCGGCCGACUUUGAGCCUCCUGCCAAACCCAUCACAUGUCGAUGGAACGACUGUGGUAAGAUCUUCUACGACCCCGAAGUCGUCUACAAGCAUCUCUGCGAUGACCACGUCGGUCGCAAGUCUACCAACAACCUCUGCCUCACUUGCCAGUGGGAGGGCUGUGAUGUCACCUGCGCCAAGCGUGACCACAUCACUUCGCACAUCCGUGUCCACACUCCUCUCAAACCUCACAACUGUGACGUCUGCGGCAAGACCUUCAAGCGACCACAGGAUCUCAAGAAGCACGAGCGUAUCCACACCGAGCAGCACCAGCAGCAGCGUCAACACAAGGCAGCCCAGAACGCCGCUGCUCGUGCCUACUCCAUGUCCGAGCACGCCGCUUCCUACGGCGCCUAUCCCUACCCUCCGAACAUGCACGCCACCAACAACUACAUGGGUUACCCUCAGCUCCCCUCGCAGCAGGGUCUCUACCCCUCUGCUUCUGGAUACCCUUCGCUACCCCACUACCAGACCUCCAGCGCUUCGCUCUCGCCCAUGUCUUCGCGCAUCGACACGCCCCAAGGCAGCAGCCCCAUCCCCAAUCACCACGCUCAAGACGGCGCCUCGUACAUGCACCUCGUCUCGGGUCUCGACCCUCGGAGUAAGGUGACCACCGACCCCACCUCGUACACCUACCUCGCUCACGGCGCCACCACCAGCCACAACCUCGCCGGCAGCAAGCGUGGUCACGAGCAGGUCGAAGACUUCUUUGGCGACCUCCGUCGCAAGAAGAUGGCCCCCGCGUACAACUCGCACAUGGCCGACAGGCUCAACCAGGCCUUCGGCAUGGGUGGCAUCGACGAUGUCUCUCUCAACGCCAUCCUCUCCACGUUUGACCCCUCGGCCACCUACGCUCAGGCUCCCAUGAACCCUGCCGUCAAGGUCGACAACGUGGCUGCGCCUCGCAUGCCCGUCAAGCAGGAGUCCACCGACCUGGCUCAGCUCAACGCCUUCCUGUUGCAGCUCGGUGCCAGUGCCGCCUCGCUCGGCUCGCACAACAACAGCUUCUCGUCGGCAUCAUCAUCGGCCUCGUCUUCCUUCUCGUCGCAGGGCAACAACGCCGAGUUCGACCUCUCGUCGCUCUCGCAGUACGGCCUUACCGACAUUCCCGGUUUCGACGAGUCGCUUCUGGCCAACAACGCUGGCGCCAACCAGCGUCCCAUGGCUCAGCUCCCCAGCCGUGCUCAGGGCCACCACGCUCACUCGCACUACCCCGACGUCAGCGCCUACUCGUCCUCGUCGCACCAGAUGCUGCAGCCUUCUUUCGACAGUGUUCGUGUCUCGCGUGGUCCUGCCGUCGUUCCUCAGCUCGCCCCCAUGGACGCUGGCGGACACAGCUACCGCCGUGUCGAGGCUCUCACCCGUGCUGCUCCCGAGCAGACCGAGGUCAGCCAACGCUACGCCCACCGCGCACCCGUUAAGGCCGAGGACGAGGACGCCAUGGAGGAGGACGAGCUCGCCGACGAUGCCAGCAGCCGCUUCCGCUCCGUCAGCCCUGCCGCCUCGUCCGAGAGCGGCUGGUCCGAGUCUGCUUCUGGUCGUCGCGGCAGCUCGUCACCAUCGCAUGGCUUGUACCCUCGCGUCUCGCCCACCGAGGCUUCGCGUCGUCUGCCACCGCUGCGAUCCAACUCGACCGCUAGCACCUCGGCCUCCAUCAGCUCGCUCCUCGAUUCGUCUGACAGGCGCGCCUCGUUGCGACGUGACAGCACUCCCUUGGACGGCUCGUCGUCGGCGCGCCACUCGGCUCCCGCCGCCUCGCCUUCGCCGGCGUCGUCGACCAGCUCACUCUACCCGAGCCUUGUCGAUCGCGUCUCGCAAAUGCAGGGUCUCGGCCGCCCUCACCCUGAGGAGGCCACCGAGGCCAUGCGUCGCGACCACGUCCGUCUCAUCCGCGACCUCCUCAUCGCCAUCAACUUUCCCGAGCAGGCGCGUGCCAAAUUGCAAGCCGAGCACGAACGUGUUCGUCUGCCCCCCAUCCGCACCUCGGUCCACCGUGGUGAGAAGGAGGAGGGCGAGGUGACGCCCUCGGCAUCAAGCGAGGUCCAUGAGGGCAGCCUCAAGGGAAGCGAGGGGAGCAGCGACAGGAACUCGACACCUACCCCACCGGGCAGGCCGACACUGCCGACGCUGAGGCAGCUGUUGAACGAGAUCCCCGAGUCGAGACCCAUGCGCGAGAGGGAGAUGGAGUGCGAUGUGUAA